AUGAAACGAUUAAUUCACCGAAACUUGAUUCAAACUGCUGCAAUGGUUGAGAUAUGUUUUCUCGGCACGGUCACGAAAACGACCGUGAGAAAAUUGUACUCCACUUCAUCUAGUCUCUUCAGAAAAGAUAGUCCUUAUGACAGUGUGCCACCGACAGUGUCAACAGAAACCACUGACAAGGGUCCGAAUGGUGGUUACAAUACACAGUCCAGUGGUCGUUUUAGUAAUCUGCUUGCUCCAGCUUUGAAACAGAAUAUUGAACAACUACAACAAGCAACCUCUGCUUCCUCACUCUUACAUUCGAGUAUGGGUGAUUCACUUGGCAAAGUUAGUAAUUUAAACUCACAUCUUUUUUUUCCAGAUGAUACAUCAUUACUGGCCUCCAGACGUGUGGACCCUUCGACCGUCAGACAAGUUUAUUAUUUUGAUACACUAGCUUUUUCUAAGAAGCUAGAGUCAAAAGGAUUUACCAGAGAGCAAGCUGAAGGAUUUGCUGAGUCUUUGGUAGAGAUUAUCAACACCACCUUGGAUCAUCAGGGUCGACAUAUGGUUACUAAACCACAACAGGAAAUAGCAGUUCAGCAGUUGAUGUCAGAGAUUGUCUCAGUGAAGAAAGAUAUGACAUUGCUACAGAAGAGCGAGUUCUCUUCCUUGAAGACAGAAACUGAAAAAAUAAGCAUUGAGCUGUCACAAGUCCAAGGUCAUAUGAACGAUGAGAUUGUGAAAUUGAAGGGCCAGUUCAGUCUUGAUAUUAAUCUUGAAAGGGGACGUGCAAUAGAAGCACAUGCAGAAAAUGAGAAAAGGUUACAGCAGCUUCACAACAAGAUUGAAACAGAGAUAGCAAAUCUAAAGACCAUCUAUGAAGUUUACCGUAAUGAUGUCUUCAAAUAUGCAGGAGGUACUGUGAUAGCAGUUGGUGGCCUCAUACUUGGUGUCCUUAGACUGUGGCAUUAG